AUGAGGAAGAAAGAAGAGGAAGCAAUAGAACUCCUGGAAAGCUGCAGGAUCAUCUUCGAGGCGCAGCCUCUGGUGGAGGUGGUUUUCGGCAGGAGCCCCUGGCCUGGCCUGGGGUACGCGGCCAGCGAGGAGAGCCGGCCGCGCGUUCUCACGGAAACGCUGGAGAGGAAGGCCCACUCCUCGUUGCCAGAAGGCGCGAGUAAAGCGUUUUUAAGAUGGCCCAGGGAGGCUGAUGUGGGCGGACGACGGCCUCCUGCAGCUCGGGCCAACCUCACCUUCCAGGAGCCGGCCGCCUACUACACGGCCCUGCACAGCGCCGUGCUGCGGGACCGGCCAGACGUGGCGCAGCUGGUGGGACGCCACGGGGCCAACCUCCAUCGCAGGGACCGGACGGCCAGGAAGGAGCCGGGGCGUCUCCCGGACCCUGGUGCAGACGUCGGUGCGGCCGACAAGCACGCAAAGACCGCUGCGCUCCGUGCGCUGGCCAGCAUCCAUCCGGAGAACAUCCAGCUCUUGCUGGCUGGAGGCGCGGACGUGAGGGCUGCCACCAGGAGACGCGUGCACUUCCUGCACUAGGCGGGGACCGUGCUGGAUCUCAUGGUGAACUCCCGGAAGCUCCCGCUGCCCGAGAACUUCGACGUCCACCAGGGCAGCCUGGCCGGCACAAUCCAGGCCCCGCGCUUCUCCCUGAGGCAUCCGGAGAGCUGCCCCUCCACCCCCAACCACCGGUGCUGGGUGUGUAUCCGGCUCCACCUGCAGCCGUGGCCCGUGGGUGCCCGGACAGGCUGAAGGGCAUCUGAGGGUCCCGGACUUCAGGAACGGGCCUGCACGGCUUUGGUCAACUCGUAACACCCGUGGGGCGGGCCCUUUGACCUGGGAGAAGACGUCUGGUGUUUGCCAGCCAGGUUCCUCGGCAGGAACCCAAGUCUCAGCCACACUAGAGA